GCAGUAAACAUUUAAUGCGAGUUAUCGUUUCUCAUGUUAAGUGUUUACGUUGCAUAUUCUUGUAAUGUAAACACAUAGGACAGGGUCUGACUCUGACCUGACGCCUUUUUAGAACAAGAAGGCUACGCUCGUACCCGGUGCUAAAUUUAUCGAGUCAGUCGUUUCCGCACGGUGUGUUUUUGCCGACGUACUUGUCUCGCCCAGCUGCUUAAUAGGAGAAUAUCAGAUCAUGGAGUUUGCUGAACUGAUAAAGACCCCCAGAGUGGACGGGGUGGUCCUGCACCGACCCUUUAUGCCCAGGGUGGAGGGAACUCUGUGUUUAACCGGCCACCAUUUGAUUCUCUCCUCUAGACAGGACAACACAGAAGAGCUUUGGCUGCUCCAUUCAAACAUAGACUCCAUAGAGAAAAGAUUUGUUGGCUCUGUUGGAAACAUCAUUGUUAAAUGCAAAGACCUGAGGGUGAUCCAGCUCGACAUUCCUGGCAUGGAUGAGUGUCUGAACAUUGCCAGCUCUAUUGAGGCUCUGUCCACACUUGACUCUGUCUCUCUGAUGUAUCCUUUCUUCUACCGGCCCAUGUUUGAAGUUAUUGAAGACGGGUGGAAUUCAUUUCGUCCUCAGGAUGCUUUGAAGGAUUUAGAAUCGAUGACAGAUGAGUGGCGACUGAGUGAAGUUAACAAAGACUUCACCGUAUGUUCGUCAUAUCCCCCUCUAGUGGCAGUUCCUAAAAGCAUUGACGAUGACACGCUCAGGAAAGUAGCUACAUUCCGCCAUGGCGGGCGUUUCCCAGUGCUAAGCUACUACCACAAGAAGAACGGCAUGGUCAUGAUGCGAGCAGGGCAGCCCCUCACUGGCACCAACGGGCGGCGCUGCAAAGAAGACGAGAAGCUCAUCAACGCCACCCUGAGGCCAGGAAAACGGGGAUACGUAAUCGAUACACGGACCAUCAACGUCGCCCAGCAGGCCAAAGCUCGAGGCGGCGGGUUCGAGUCUGAGGGUAACUACCCACAGUGGAGGAGGAUCCACAAAGCCAUUGAAAGGUACACCGUCCUCCAGGAAAGCCUGAUUAAGCUGGUGGAGGCCUGCAGUGAUCAGUCCCAUAGCAUGGACCGCUGGUUAAGCAAGCUGGAAGCCUCCAACUGGCAGACUCACAUCAAGGAGAUCCUCACCACUGCUUGCUUGGCUGCCCAGUGCAUUGACAGGGAGGGAGCGUCGGUGCUUGUUCACGGAACAGAGGGGACAGACUCCACCCUGCAGGUGACGUCCUUGGCUCAGAUCAUCUUGGAUCCGGCCUGCAGGACCAUUAAAGGCUUCCAGAGUCUGGUGGAGCGAGAGUGGCUCCAGGCAGGUCACCCGUUCCAGCAUCGCUGCGCCCAGUCCGCCUACUCCAACAGCAAGCCGCGGCAAGAGGCUCCCGUCUUUCUGCUCUUCUUGGACUGCGUGUGGCAGAUCCUUCGGCAGUUUCCCUGUUCUUUUGAGUUCAAUGAGAGCUUCUUGGUGCUGCUCUUUGAACAUGCCUAUGCCUCCCAGUUUGGUACCUUCUUAGGCAGCUGUGCAGCGGACAGAGCCAGGCUGUCUCUUCCUGAGAAGACGGUGUCGCUGUGGUCAUGGGUAAAUCGACCUCAGGAGCUGGAGAAUCUGACCAACCCACUUUACGAGGCCAACAGUCUUGUGAUCUGGCCCUCCGUGGCUCCACAGAGUCUGCUGCUGUGGGAAGGAGUUUUCCUUCGCUGGAACCGCUCGUCCAAGUGUUUGGAUGAGGCUUACGACGAAAUGGUGCACAUAAUCGACUACAACAAGGAGCUUCAGAACAAAGUGAACAGUCUGCGCCGGCAGCUGGCUCAACUGGAAACAGACGAUCCUCUGCUGAACACGCCAUAGGGAGAGAAAGGUUGCAAGAUGGUUUAAAGAAGGAGAAAAUGUCAAAAUAACUACAGAAAGGUCACAUUCAUCCUCUCCAUAGGCUUUAACAAAGCUUAAGUUGGUUUCAGAUAUUUCAAGUUAUACUCAAACUCAGUCUUUUUGAUCUUUAAAUGAAUUUAGUUAAUAAUUGCGCAGUGAUGAUUUGUGGGGUUGAUUCUUUAAAGCAUGCAGUUCUGAUAGGGGCUUCUAGCAAGAUUUGAAGGGAAACAUUUCACCUGAUCGUAAUCAUAUGUUGUAAUAUAUGGAGCUUUGCACAUGCAGAAAGGAAAAUUCUUAAUUAUGCUCAAGCUUAUCAGCUGAAUUUACAUUUGUAAAGCAUCAUCAAAUGUAAAUCCUACGUAAUUUUGUCCAUUUACAUUUGUAAUCACAUCGCAUGUUAAUUAUUAUUUUUUUUUUUUCUAAUUCUUUUUUUCCAGAGAAACUCUGUUCAUGUUAAUACAGGGUUCACAUUCCUACCAAGCAUGCUGCUAUAUGCAAGCGCCGCAAAAGCACUGCAGAGUUUCUAUGGUAACAUGCGUGGUGCUGUAAGGCGGUGUAUGACUUUUUCAGCAUGGUCAAGUAAAAUGUGUAGGUUGGGUCAGCACCUUCUGUAUCGUACAACAAGGGAGUUUUAUGGAGAUUUCCGACCAAAUUAUUUUGUAUCUGCUAUUAACAAAUUAUUCUCUGAAGUUCUGGUUAGUAGCAGUGCUCAAAUAUCAAUUAUCACAUCCCUAUGUAAAAUGAUUCUACUAAAUCAUCAGCUAUGUUGCUAGAAGAUUUUAACAAUGGCACAAAGUGCCUUGUGG